AUGCGAGCUAAAUUUGUGUUCGCACAAAAUCAGGAUGUUAGGUUGAUGCAGAAGAUCACUCCGUUCCAAAGGGAAAGUUUUCAUCUCACGAGUUUGGAGCUGAGGGCCGGCGGGGCGAGCAAAGGUGGUGGAGAAGACCCGGGGAAACUGUCUGAGCCAGCAGAGGAAGAAUCUUCCCAGGUUUUGCAUGGGACUGGCCAUUGCAAGUGGUUCAAUGUGCGCAUGGGAUUUGGAUUCAUCUCCAUGAUAAACCGAGAGGGAAGCCCCUUGGAUAUUCCAGUCGAUGUAUUUGUACACCAAAGCAAACUAUUCAUGGAAGGAUUUAGAAGCCUAAAAGAAGGAGAACCAGUGGAAUUCACAUUUAAAAAAUCUUCCAAAGGCCUUGAAUCAAUACGGGUAACAGGACCUGGUGGGAGCCCCUGUUUAGGAAGCGAAAGAAGGCCCAAAGGGAAGACACUACAAAAAAGAAAACCAAAGGGAGAUAGAUGCUACAACUGUGGUGGCCUUGAUCAUCAUGCUAAGGAAUGCAGUCUACCUCCUCAGCCAAAGAAGUGCCAUUACUGCCAGAGCAUCACGCACAUGGUGGCAAACUGCCCGCAUAAAACUGUUGCACAGCCACCCGCCAGUUCUCAGGGAAGACAGGAAGCAGAAUCCCAGCCAUGCACUUCGACUUUCCCUCGAGAAGUGGGAGGCGGGCAUGGCUGCACAUCACCACUGUUUCCUCAGGAGGCGAGGGCAGAGAUCUCAGAACGGUUAGGCAGGUCACCUCAAGAAGCUUCCUCCUCCAAGUCGUCUGCAGCACCAGAAGAGCAAAGCAAAAAGGGUCCUUCAGUCCAAAAAAGAAAAAAGACAUAACACUUCUUAACGUAUCGCUUUCUUUACCCAAUCGGGAAGUCUACCUCAUGCAAGUACAGGGGAACAGUAUUUCACAAACAGCAGCUGACCUGGUAUUUUAACUACUGUUGAGGAACUGUGAAUUUUUAAACAGACAAAUCACUCUAAGCAAAUUACAUUUGAUCAGGGUGUCAUGUUUUAUGUUAUUCAGAGAAUGAGAUAUUAUGUGUAUCAACAUGUGCAUGUGGGAGAGGGAGCGAGCCUGAGUCUGUGUGUGUGGACAUGAGG